AUGUCUCCCGCGGUGUGGGGGCCGGCGCUGGCCGCGCUGCUGGUGCUGAGCCGCGAUUGGGGCUGCGCGCAGGCGGCCGGGACCAGCGGGGCGCGGAAGCCCAGCGUGGUGCUGAUCCUCACCGAUGACCAGGAUGUCUGCCUGGGCGGCAUGACACCGCUAAAGAAGACCAGUGCCCUUAUUGCAGAUAUGGGGAUAAGCUUCUCAAAUGCAUAUGUGCCCAGUGCAUUGUGCUGUCCCAGCAGAGCUAGCAUCUUAACAGGGAAGUACCCACAUAAUCAUCAUGUUGUCAAUAACACUCUGGAGGGAAACUGCAGCAGCAAAUCAUGGCAGAAAAUACAGGAACCAUAUACCUUCCCAGCUCUCCUCAAGUCCAUGUGUGGCUAUCAAACAUUCUUUGCUGGGAAGUAUUUAAAUGAGUAUGGAGCAGAAGAUGCAGGGGGAAUAGGCCAUGUUCCUCCUGGAUGGAGUUUUUGGUAUGCUUUGGAAAAAAAUUCAAAGUACUAUAAUUACACUCUUUCAGUAAAUGGAAAAGCACGAAGGCACGGUGAGAAUUACAGUGCAGAUUACCUGACAGAUGUACUGGCUAAUAUGUCCUUGGAUUUCUUGGAAUAUAAAUCUAACUUUGAACCCUUCUUCAUGAUGAUCUCCACUCCAGCACCACACUCUCCCUGGAUACCUGCUCCUCAAUAUAAAAAGAGCUUCCAGAAUGUCAGUGCACCAAGAAAUGGCAAUUUUAACAUUCAUGGAAAGGACAAGCAUUGGCUAAUCAGGCAAGCAAAGACUCCAAUGACUAAUUCUUCAAUACAGUUUCUAGAUGAUGCUUUUAGAAAAAGAUGGCAAACACUACUGUCAGUAGAUGAUCUGAUAGAGAAACUGGUGAAGAAACUGGAAUUGCUUGGAGAGCUAGAUAAUACUUACAUUUUUUAUACCUCAGACAAUGGCUUCCAUACUGGACAAUUUUCUUUGCCAAUAGACAAACGGCAGCUCUAUGAGUUUGACAUUAAAGUUCCAUUGCUAGUUCGAGGACCAGGCAUCAAACCAAACCAGACAAACAAGAUGCUGGUUGCAAACAUUGAUUUGGGUCCCACGAUUUUGGAUAUCGCAGGGUUUGACAUAAACAAGACACAGAUGGAUGGGAUGUCACUGUUGCCGCUUCUGAGAGGAGACAAAAAUGUGACCUGGAGAUCAGAUGUCUUGAUUGAGUACCAAGGAGAAGGACAUAACAGCAGCGAUCCUACCUGCCCUGCCCUGGGACCUGGUGUUACUCAUUGUUUUCCAGACUGUGUGUGUGAAGAUUCGUAUAACAAUACAUAUGCUUGUGUGAGGACACUGUCAACUUCUUGGGAUCUGCAGUACUGUGAAUUUGAUGACCGGGAGGUGUUUGUUGAAGUCUACAACUUGACUGCAGACCCACACCAGCUUACGAACAUUGCUAAAACAAUAGAUCAAGAAAUUUUAGAGAAGAUGAACUAUCGACUAAUGAUGUUGCAGUCCUGCUCAGGAGCAACUUGUCGCACACCAGGCGUCUUUGACCCAGGGUACAGAUUUGACCCACGCCUAAUGUUCAGUCAUGGUAUUUGGGCUCACAAACUUUCCACACGGUCUCUGUAA